GUUCCGGACUCGACUCAGGCUAGGGCGCGGCUCUGCAGGGGGCGCGCGUCUCGAGCAGCGAUGGCGAGCUGGGGCGACACGCCUGAGACCGAGGAGUGCCGGAAGAUCCUCCAGGGCCUCGAGGCCGCUAUUGAACAAUUCCAGUUCAACCCCAGACUUAAUAUUUCAGAUGAUUUAAAGAUUGGCUUUUUCAACACAGACCAUGCUACUCAAACCGAUUCCAGUGAAAUAUUGUCAAUAAAAGAGUUGAGUUCAUCUACAAAAAAGUUAGAGCAGAUGAUGAAAUCCCUCCAGGUGGAUUUUGGGUUCCUCAAACAAUUGAUUCAGUUAAAGUUUGAGGAUCGACUAAGAGAGGAAUCUUUGCGUCUCUUCAACAUUCUACAUGAUAGGAUCCUAGAAGUUGAAAAACAUUAUCAACAGAAUGAGGAUAAGAUGAGAAAAUCCUUCAAUCAGCAGUUAGCUGACGCCAUCGCUGUUAUCAAAGGAAUGUACCAGCAAUUCUUUGAGGUAGAAGAAGAGAAGCUUUCUUUGCAAGAUGUGAGUAGUGUCAAAACAAAUAUUUUGUUAAGAAAACUGAAAGAGAAAGAAGACAUUAUUAAAGAAUUAAAAGAAGAACUAGACCAAUAUGAAGAUUUUAGAUUUCAUAAAAUGGAGUCUUUUGCCAAAGAAACCAGCUCUCCAAAAUCAAACCUAGAAAAGGAAAAUUUGGAGUACAAAGUGGAAAAUGAGAGACUGCUUCAGAUCAUUUCAGAGCUUGAAGAAGAAAUCCAGAUCAAUCUAAAAGAAAAUUCAGGAUUAGAAGAUGAACUGAUAAGUAUGAAAGAGAUGGCAGAAAAGGAUCACAAAACUAUUCAAAAGUUAAUGAAUAGUAGAGACAGAUUAAGAGAAGAGCUUGAUUAUGAAAAAUCAUUAGUUCAAGAUAUGAUUAAUAAACAGAAAGAGGACAAGGAAAUGAGAAAAAAGUAUGGCAGCUUAAGUGUCAAGGCUGCAAGGUCCGCCAAGGGGAGAGAAGCCUCUUUGUCCCCAUGGCCCAAGUCUCCACCAAGCACCACAGCUUCAAGGCCACAUUCUGCAUCCAUGAGUGUAUCGUCUGCUGGGACCAAGAAAGCUAAGACUCCAAAGAAAGCUUUAAAAGAAGAGCAAUCUGUGUUAAGCUAUGCAGCACCUGUUGGGACACAUGCAGAAGAAAAGAAGGUGAAGAUAUUAGGAUCUAAGGUUGAAGACAAACAUGCUUUGGAGUCUCAGAUAGAAGCAUUAAAGGCUAAUUUAGAGGUUGAGAAACAGAAGGUGGAAAGGAUUAGGAAGGAAGCCGAUCGACUAAACAAAAACUGGGAAAAGAGAUUCUCUAUUCUCAGGAACAGCUUUCAUGUCCUUAAGGAUGAGAUGUUUACAAGACACACACUGUUUCGUCAGUUUGCAGUGCUUGCUGACACAUCCUUCAAUUAUAUUAAACUAAAACCCUUAUUUGUGCAGUCUAAAACAACCUUGACAGGUACAGCCUCUUCAAGUCAUGGAAUAUCUUCAACAGACAGUAAGCAUUCAGAUGUAGCCAGUGAUCAGGCAUUCCCUCAACUUUCACCGAAAGGUAAGAAUCUUCAUUGUUGGAAAAGAGGUUCACACCAGAAUGGCUACUUAGUCUAGAUUAAUUUUGCUUUUCUUUUUUACCCUGAGGUAUUUGGUAUUCUGGGUGAAUGCAUGACUUUUUCAGCCAAUUUAUAAAAUGA